AUGCUCGAUCAAUCGCCACGGAGCAGCCCCCCGCGGGGCACGACGUGCCGUCACUCCGCGACGAGCGGCAUGGGCCUCGUCGCGGAUUACGAGAGCGAUUCCUCCGACGACGAGGACGAGGAGUAUCCGGACGCGGGUGGUAAGGUGGUGCUCCUCGCCGACGUCGACGAUGCCGGUGAGGAGCGCGGUACCAAGAGGGGCCGCGCCACCGGCGAGGAUGAGAUCGAGGAGACGGUGGAGUUCCCGCAGCACAAGUCCUCCAUCGUGACCGCGAGCGCGGCCGACAUCGCGCGCGAGACGGGAGCCGAGCUGGAGUACAUCGCGGGCAAGUUCGACGCCAUGGCCAGGGUCCGCGGCAUCGUCGCGAGGCUCGUCAUCCGGGGCACGGACGCGCAGGUGGCCGCCGCGAGGCGCGAGACGCAGGCGAGGCUCGACGCCAACGCCGCGAACCUCGAGCGCGUGGUGGGAGAAGACGGCGAGAGAGCGUACGUGUUCGACAAGAGGAAGGCGCGCGCGGGAAGCGACGGUCACGACGCGAACGGGAAGAGAAAGGGGCCGCGGAUCAAGCCGGAGUUCGACUGGAGGCACAGCGGAGCGGGUUGGGACAACGGCGGGCUCGUCGGCAGCGAAGGCGCGCUCGGGUCGCACUGCACCUGGAGAUGAGAUGAGUGGUGUAUCCGAUAGAUUGGGCGACACUCGAGCGAGCAGCGAGUUUCCGACGUUUCGUCGUUGCGAUCAUAAGUAAGAUUAGCGCUAA